AGAAGCAUUGUAUAUUGUACAGAGAAAGAGAGAGACAGAGAGAUUGGAAGGCGACUCCUUGGCAUAGAGAGACGGCCCAACAAAAAAACCGAAAAGAAACCCUAGAUUUAUUUGCUGCUCGAAGAGCAAAGAUUGCCAGGAUAGAAAUUUUCUUAUUUCGGAGCUGUGUGAUCGUGCUCAGUUAUAGCCAUUUCGGGACGAAAGCAAUUGGGGGGUUUGGUUUGUAAUCUUGAGAUCUUGCGAAAGCUUUCGGAUUGAGAGUGUACUACACCAUAGAAGCCGUAAAAAAUGAUGUCGAGAUCGUAUACCAAUCUUUUAGAUCUGGCCUCCGGAAACUUUCCCGUCAUGGGUCGUGAAAAAAAGCGUCUUCCACGUGUAAUGACCGUUCCGGGGGUCAUUUCUGAGCUUGAUGAUGAUCAGGCCAAUAGUGUGACAUCAGACGUUCCAUCCUCUGUCGUUCAGGACCGGAUCAUUAUCGUUGCUAAUCAGCUCCCAGUGAAAGCUAAGCGUAGACCUGAUAAUAAAGGGUGGAGUUUUAGUUGGGAUGACGACUCUUUGUUAUUACAGCUCAAGGAUGGCUUGCCUGAAGAUAUGGAGGUUUUGUAUGUAGGAUCAUUGAGGGUGGAUGUGGAUUCCAGUGAACAAGAUGAUGUCUCGCAGCUUUUGUUGGAUAGGUUCAAGUGCGUCCCUGCUUUUUUACCUCCUGAUAUUUUGUCGAAGUUUUAUCAUGGGUUUUGUAAACUGCAUUUGUGGCCGCUCUUUCAUUACAUGCUUCCCUUCUCGGCAAGUCAUGGUGGACGAUUUGAUCGGUCUCUAUGGGAGGCAUAUGUGGCAGCAAAUAAGAUUUUCUCACAGAGGGUGAUCGAGAUUCUGAACCCAGAGGAUGACUACGUUUGGAUUCAUGACUACCAUUUGAUGGUGCUGCCUACCUUCUUGAGGAGGAGAUUUAAUAGACUGAGAAUGGGGUUUUUUCUCCACAGUCCAUUUCCUUCAUCAGAGAUAUAUAGGACUCUGCCAGUGAGGGAGGAGAUCCUUAAGGCACUUUUGAAUUCAGAUCUAAUUGGCUUCCACACUUUUGAUUAUGCUCGGCAUUUCCUGUCUUGUUGUAGUCGAAUGUUGGGUUUGGAGUAUCAGUCGAAAAGAGGUUAUAUUGGAAUGGAAUACUAUGGAAGGACUGUGGGGAUAAAAAUCAUGCCAGUUGGGAUUCACAUGGGGCAAAUUGAAUCUAUUUUGGGACUUGCAGAUAAGGAGUGGAGAGUGGGGGAGCUAAAACAACAGUUUGAAGGUAAAACUGUGCUACUAGGGGUUGAUGAUAUGGACGUCUUCAAAGGUGUCAAUUUGAAAUUGUUGGCUAUGGAACAGAUGUUGAUGCAGCACCCGAAGUGGCGAGGAAAGGCAGUUUUGGUACAGAUUGCAAACCCUGCCAGGGGAAGAGGGAAAGAUAUCGAGGAAAUACAGGAUGAAAUACACACUAGCUGCAGGAGGAUUAAUGAAAAUUUUAGCCAACCUGGUUAUGAACCGAUUGUCUUUGUAGAUAGACCAGUUACCGUCAGUGAACGAGCAGCAUACUACACCAUUGCUGAGUGUGUUGUGGUCACAGCUGUGAGAGAUGGGAUGAAUCUUACACCUUAUGAGUACAUUGUUUGCAGGCAAGGCGUUUCUGGGUCAGAGUCAAGUUCGGAAUUUAAUGGGCCCAAGAAGAGCAUGCUAGUAGUAUCAGAAUUCAUUGGAUGUUCACCUUCACUGAGUGGUGCAAUUCGGGUAAACCCAUGGAACAUUGAAGCAACUGCUGAGGCAAUGCAUGAGGCAAUUUCAAUGGCUGAUUCCGAGAAGCAAUUGCGCCAUGAGAAGCAUUAUAGGUAUGUUAGCACACAUGAUGUGGCAUACUGGUCCAGGAGCUUUUUCCAAGAUAUGGAAAGGACUUGUAAGGACCAUUUCAGAAGACGCUGUUGGGGAAUCGGUUUGAGCUUUGGUUUCAGGGUUGUGGCACUGGAUCCUAAUUUCAGAAAGUUGUCUAUUGAUGCCAUUGUAUCUGCAUAUUCAAGGUCCAGAAAUAGGGCUAUACUCCUGGAUUAUGAUGGCACUGUAAUGCCCCAAACUUCCAUCAACAAGACCCCAAGUCAAGAGGUUUUAUCAAUUAUAAACAUGCUCUGUGGUGAUAUUAAAAACGUUGUGUUUGUUGUCAGUGGAAGAGGCAGGGAAAGUUUAGGCAAGUGGUUUUCUCCUUGCCAGCAACUUGGAAUUGCUGCUGAACAUGGUUACUUCAUGAGGUGGCCUGCUGAAGAGGCUUGGGAAACAUGCGGACAGAGUAACGAUUCUGGGUGGAUACAGAUAGCUGAGCCUGUUAUGAAAUUGUAUACCGAAUCCACUGACGGUUCUUAUAUCGAACACAAGGAAAGUGCCUUGGUUUGGCACCAUCGGGAUGCAGACCCCGGUUUUGGAUCCAGCCAGGCUAAGGAGAUGUUAGAUCAUCUAGAAAGUGUGUUGGCAAAUGAACCUGUUGCUGUCAAAAGCGGUCAGUUCAUUGUUGAAGUAAAACCACAGGGAGUCAGUAAAGGUGUGGUUGCAGAAAAGAUCUUGUCAGCAAUGGCGGACAAUGGCAAGCAGGCUGAUUUUAUUCUGUGUAUCGGUGAUGACCGAUCGGAUGAGGACAUGUUUGAGAUCAUUGGCAAUGCAAUGAAUAGUGGUGUCCUCUCUUCUAAUACAUCGGUUUUUGCAUGCACUGUUGGACAGAAGCCAAGUAAAGCUAAAUACUAUUUGGAUGACACAUCAGACGUCAUAAACAUGCUUGAUGCUCUUGCAGAGGCGUCAGACUCACCACCUUCAGAGACUACAUUAUUCUCCCUAACGGAUGAGGCUGGAAGUUGACCUUGAAAUCCUCAUACAUGGCUUCCUAAUUUCACUGUCUUCUGCUUUAAAGCCAAUAGUGAAGAAUAACCCACUAUCCUAAUGACUAAAGGUGAUGGCUGCCAUCUCUGUUUGAAGUAACUUGGUGGGAGAAACUUUGUUUGGUGGGCGUGGGGGAAAUGAUAAACAACUUGGAUUUUUUUUUCUGUGAAGUAAAAAUUGCAGCAGCAGCGUGGGUCUCGCGUGGGUUAGAAUUCUUUUUUGUAUCAAGCCAAGGCAUCUGAAGGGUGGACGGACCUACCAUAACUACUCAUGAAGAACUGACUGGAAAUGGAAGAAAUGUCUAGAUAAUGGUUACAUCAAACACACUAAGGCUGCCUAGCCAGACCUAAUGCUAUUAUCAUACUGACCAUUCCUCACCCAUGUGCAUCUCACUUGAAUACUGAGUACUCAUUUGUAUUGUUGUGAAAAAGGAUGUUCAUGGGGGGUAACACAAACAGGUAAAGUAGAAGCCCCAUUAGAUGAAACUGUACACUGGUGUCUUCUUCUUCUUCUUCUACUUAUUUUUUUUUCUCCCCCCUCCUUGAGUGAAUUUCUUUUACCAUUGUUACACUGAAUUUUUUUGGCGUAUUAAAUCUGUAAAUCCUAUAGCAAAUUUUUGCAA